CUUCCGUUUUUGACGAAAACGAUGAAACCAGCAAACAGAGCCCCGCGUAGGAGACGAGUGCAGGUCGUGGGGGAGAACGCGAAAUCUCUCCGCUUUUGCCUUUAUAACUCUCUCCGCCCCCGUCCGUCGAUCAUGUCACUUCAUUCGAUUCUGUUCACAUUCGCUUUUUUUUCCGUGCGGUACUCGAUUCGCCUAGGAAUCUCCAACCAUGUCUUCGGUAAGAAGAUUCAAGAAGAUUCACUUUUUAUUCAUAAGGAGGAGGGACGGACAUUGCCAAAAUUCGGGGAGUGGGACGUGAAUGAUCCGGCCUCAGCCGAUGGAUUCACUGUCAUAUUCAACAAGGCUAGAGAGGAGAAGAAGGGUGGAGGACCAGCUGAGAGUGUGACGUCGCAGAGGAAGUACGAUGAUUCCUGUAAAGAAAACGAUAAACACAGAUACUCCAUUAAGAGGAAGUGGUUUUGCUGUGGUUGAAUCGGACUUUUUGCGAAGGCGGAGGUUAGCCAACAAUUAGAAAGGAUACAGUACAACCGUGUUGUAGGUGACUGCUAUACGUAGUCAUUCAUAUCAGAGUGAUGAUUGAUUAGCAGUAAUUUUCUCUCUGCAGCUUUUUUCUUUCCUCUUUAAAUUAUGUCUUUUAGUGAGGAGACAUGUGUACAGAUUGGUGUCAUAUAAUGAUAAUCAGUUGAGCAUAUUUAUGGAAA